CGAGUAAUUUCCAUUUCGUAGAAUCAAAAACCCUCUUCUCUCUUCUCUGCUUAUCUCUCUCACGUACUCCUUCGUUAAUCCCUUUCAACCUCACUCGUUAACUCACUCUCUCCGUUUCGGUGCCGCAAAAUUCCUCCCGGCGGGUCAAUUCCGAUAUCCCUUAGUCGAAAUUUCCUUUGACACCAAGGGUUCAAUUCAACAGUUUGGAAGAAUAAGGGUUAGGUAUCCAUGGCGAACCCAUCUGGGACUGGCAACCAUCAGGAACAACAUACUCAUGUCAAUCCUUCUAAUUUUAACGGCAAUUCCGUACCGGAGAGCUCUUCAGGUAUUGUCAUGAACAUGAAACAUAAUCCUGGAAUUUCUCUUGAUUGGACGCCUGAAGAACAAACCACUCUCGAAGAUGGACUCUCCAAAUAUGCCUCAGAAUCUAACAUAGUGCGAUAUGCAAAGAUAGCCCAACAGUUAAAUAACAAGACAGUCCGGGAUGUGGCUCUGCGUGUCAGGUGGAUGAAUAAGAAAGAAAAUAGCAAGAGAAGGAAGGAUGAUCACAAUUUGUCCCGAAAAAGUAAAGAUAAAAAGGAAAGGGUUUCUGAUCCCGCAGCAAAAUCGUCUCAAUUUUCUGCUCGACCCAAUGUUCCUCCAUAUGCACCACCAAUGAUUACAAUGGACAAUGAUGAUGGCAUCCCAUAUGCAGCAAUUGGAGGUCCUACUGCUGAGCUAUUAGAGCAAAAUGCACAGGCCUUGAGCCGAGUCUCUGCAAACAUUUCCUCUCUCCAGAUACAGGACAACAUCAAUCUUUUGUGCCAAACUAGAGACAACAUCAUUAGAAUAAUGAAUGAGAUGAAUGAUACACCUGAGGUGAUGAAGCAAAUGCCGCCUCUUCCUGUGAAGAUGAACGAAGAACUGGCAAAUUCCAUACUACCACUUCCAAGAACACCGCUCCAGCCUCAGUCAUGAUGUUUUUUAUUCAUCGUUAACUGGCUUGCCUAUUCAUUCUUUCUCUCUGUGACCCAAGAUUUACUCUUGGAAUACAGAAGAAAGAAUGAAUAAUUGUUGAUAAUCCGUCAAGUUGAAUUAGUUUUCAUAAUUUUUUCCCUUCCAGAUGUUAGAUGUCUUGUUCCCUUGUUUGGCUCUAACUUAGUACUACAAUAGGAAUUAUUUUGUAUUUAUGGUAAUAAUAAUUUAUUUAAAUUUAAGCAAUAAGAGCAAUAAGUUGUGGUAUAAUUUUAUUUAACUUAUAAUACAUUUUAUCAUGCAUAUUGAUUCUAUCAAAUGGUACAUAGUUUGUUUCCCUUGUAUCUAUUAAUUGAAAAUGGAAAUGUCAUAAUUGUCUAUAGCAUGAAUUUUUCUUUUCACUCUGUUGAAUAAUGUCACUGCUGUUGAUUGUUGAUUUUAUAAAAAAAUUCUUUGUAAGAUACUAUCCAAAUUUUUGUUGUUGUUUGUCUUUUUUUUAAUUAUUGUUGUGUUUCUAUUAUGUAACAAAAAACAAUCUACGCAUGGCUUAGGAAUUUGUGGGGCCACAAGGUGGGGUUUUGUUUGAAAAAUGUCUUACGGUGGAGAUGGUUUGUCAUAUCAACUGUCAUUUUCAUUUUUUUUGACAGGAGUGUAAUUUUCAUCUUCAUCAUCAUUAGUACUCUUCCUUUUAUUAUUAAACCGUUUAAAUAUAGAUAUUUUUCUUAUUUAAGUAUAAUAAUUGCCACUAUAUUUUAAAGACAU